AUGGGUGGCACCAACGCGGCGACACUGGCGGCGACGUCCAUGUCGACAGCGUACAUGGACGCCCUUCAGAGCCUCGAUGGCACGGUGCAGAUGAAUGGCAAGUGCGCUCUAACGGGCGAGCUCUCUGGUAUUGGCGCGCCCAAACUUGGCCAGCCAGCGUCGGUUGUCGCCAGUCUUGGCACGGCGCCGCUUUUCGUGCCCAAGGAGCACAUUUACUUUAUCCAAGGCGCAAGCGUGGGCGCGCUACCUCGACGACUGGACGCGGCGCAACAUCACGAGCGUCCUCAAGCCCACGUGUCGAUGCCUCCAGCUGCAUCUCUCGCACGUGACGAUCGACGGCCCCGGCGCGCGACACCGUUCCUACCUCGGCUCUGGCGAUCGAUGCCAACGCUACAGAAGGUGCCUUCGGGCUUCAACGGGUCGGGCCACUACAUGCUGCGCUUCCAUGCUCGGUACGGUGACGUCCUCGCCGCCUACAAGAAGGUCCUCGGGCCGACGAAGGCAAGUCUGCGCGUCUGGACCCAAGUCGGGGCUCAAGCGCAGCGCCAGCGGGACGCGGCUAUGGCAGCGUACCUGGCCGGCGAGCGCGCGGCGCCGACAAAAACCGACGCAGAUGCAGUCAUUGCGGCGCUCGAAGCUCAGCAGCCGCUAUUGCAGACGCCAACACCGAUUGUCGGCCGGGACAGCCGCCCCCAUGGUCUGUAUGCAUGA